AACAGAUUUUCGUUUUCCUCUUAUCUUGUUUCCUUCCUAUCAAACUUACAUGUAUUGACUGUUUCUGGUGUGGAAAAAAUUCUAUUGCAUUAGCACUAUGGCUGAUUCAACUCCCCCCAAAAAUCACAGUGCUAGCUCAAUCACCGGCAUGAAGAAAAACCCUCCUGCAGUUCUUGCAGACAUGGCCCGACACGAUCCAAAGCGAGCGAAAAGGAUUAUGACGAACAGGAGGUCAGCUAUGAAGGCAAAGCAGAGGAAGAAGAUGUAUGUUAGUGCGCUUGAAUAUAACUUGGAAAGGUUGUACUGUGAAGCGGCUGCUCUGUCUGCUCGGUUGAAUCUAUGGAUGACAGAUGCCCUUUACAUACAUGCAGACAACAAGAGACUGAGGCAAUGCCUGCACCAUAUUGUGCAACAAAUUCGAUUGCAAGACACCUUGAUGGAUGAGACUCAAAAAGAGAUUCAAGAUCUGAAAAGAUUUGUUUGGUCACACAAGACCUCAAAAAAUUGAAUGGAGAGUUUGGUCUGGAUGAAGGGACUCCGAGCAACUUCUACUCAUCUUCUUGAAAAACAGCAAUA